AUGCCUCAUGGCUGCUGAUGAUGAUGCUGAUGAUGUCACCGCCACCUCCCAGCAUCCGUGCCACAGCAGCACCGCCAUUUUCCCUGCUUCCAGAACGACUGACGGACAGACCGACGGUGGGCCGCUGAAGCAUCCCGCACCCUUCCUCUCGCUGAUCCACCCGGCCCUGACUCCUCCUCCUCCUCCUGCCUCUCAGCACAGUCUCGAUUGACGCACCCAGCGCUGCUGCUGCUGCUGAAGCUGAGGCUGACUCUCCUUCCUAACGGAUUCUCCAUGUAUGGAAGCGGAGAGGACAGGUUGUAGGCUGAGCAAAGACGGAGAAAAAUCCAAGCUGCUGAGGAGAUCCGAGGAGGAGGCACCGGAGCAUCCGGGCGCUGUUUUGAAUGGGCAGAGGAUUCACCUUCUGCGGUCGUCGAGUCUGAGUUGAGGUACCAGGUGUGUGUGUGUGAGUAGCCACACAGAUCUUCAGCUCUCUGCUCCCUCACACAACCUCCUGCAACAUGGCGGCAGCGUCAGUAAAGGUGGCCGUGAGGGUCCGACCCUUCAACUCGAGAGAGAUUGGGAAGGACAGCAAGUGCAUCAUUCAGAUGUCAGGAAACACCACAACGAUCCUGAACCCCAAACAGCCCAAAGAAAACAAGAGUUUCAACUUUGAUUAUUCUUACUGGUCCCACACCACGCCUGAGGACACCAGCUUUGCGUCCCAGCUGCAGGUGUACAAAGACAUCGGAGAGGAGAUGCUGCUUCAUGCCUUUGAAGGCUACAAUGUGUGCAUAUUUGCAUACGGCCAGACAGGAUCGGGAAAAAGCUACACCAUGAUGGGACGACAGGAGCAGGACCAGGAAGGAAUCAUUCCUCUGAUGUGUGAGGACCUUUUCACCAAGUUCAAUGACACCAAUAACGACAACAGCAUGUCUUACUCUGUCGAGGUGAGUUACAUGGAGAUCUACUGCGAGCGUGUGCGUGACUUGCUGAACCCAAAGAACAAAGGAAACCUGCGCGUCAGAGAGCACCCUCUCAUGGGACCCUACGUGGAAGAUCUCUCCAAACUAGCCGUCACCUCAUACAACGACAUCCAGGACCUGAUGGAGUCUGGAAACAAGGCCAGGACUGUGGCUGCUACCAACAUGAACGAGACCAGCAGCCGCUCCCACGCCGUCUUCAACAUCAUCUUCACGCAGAAGAAACACGACAUGGAUUCAGAGAACACGUCAGAAAAGGUCAGCAAGAUCAGCCUGGUGGACCUGGCUGGCAGCGAGAGAGCCGACUCCACCGGAGCCAAAGGGACCAGACUGAAGGAAGGAGCAAACAUCAACAAAUCUCUGACUACACUGGGAAAGGUUAUUUCUGCCCUGUCUGAAGUGGACUCCGUACCAAACAAGAACAAGAAAAAGAAGAAGGUGGAGAAUCACAUCCCCUACAGAGAUUCAGUUCUGACUUGGCUGCUGAGGGAGAACUUGGGUGGAAACUCUCGUACUGCCAUGGUGGCGGCCCUCAGCCCCGCUGAUAUCAACUAUGAUGAGACCCUCAGUACCCUCCGGUACGCUGAUCGUGCUAAACAGAUCCGCUGUAACGCUGUGAUCAACGAGGACCCCAGCAACCGUCUGGUGCGUGAGCUGAAGGAGGAAGUGGCCCGCCUCAGAGACCUGCUGAUGGCUCAGGGUCUGGGAGAUAUCAUAGAGACGUAUCGCUGCACCGGCCCCGUCAUCGCUGGUUUGAAAUACCUGAGCGAUUACAAGAACUUUGUGAAUAAUCGCCAGGCUGUCAAUCAAAGGGGUGAUCUCUCCGCAGUGUCCACUGUCAUGACAGGAAUGAGUCCCUCCCCCUCGCUCUCGGUCCUGUCCAGUCGCGUCGGAUCCAUCACCAACAUCCAUGACCGCAUCUUCAGCCCGGCCAGCGAAGAGGCCAUCGAGAGGCUCAAGGAAACUGAGAAAAUCAUUGCAGAGCUCAAUGAGACAUGGGAAGAGAAGCUGCGUCGUACUGAGGCCAUCCGUAUGGAGAGAGAGGCCCUGCUGGCUGAGAUGGGUGUUGCCAUGAGAGAAGAUGGAGGCACUCUGGGAGUCUUCUCACCGAAAAAGACGCCUCACCUGGUCAACCUGAAUGAAGACCCUCUGAUGUCAGAGUGUCUGCUGUACUACAUCAAAGACGGCCUCACAAAGGUUGGCCGUGAAAAUGCCAAGACUCGUCAGGACAUUGUUCUCAGCGGACAUUUCAUCCAAGACGAACACUGCACCUUCACCAGCACCACGGUGCCUCUGGGGGAAGGCUGCGUCAUCAUGGAGCCGUGUGAGGGCUCAGAGACGUACGUCAACGGGAAGAGAGUGAGCUCCCCCACCGUCCUGCGGUCUGGCAACCGCAUCAUCAUGGGAAAGAGCCACGUGUUCCGCUUCAACGACCCGGAGCAGGCUCGUCUGGAGCGAGAGAGGACGCCGUGCGCCGAGACCCCCGUGGAGCCCGUGGACUGGGCCUUCGCUCAGAGAGAGCUGCUGGAGAAACAAGGCAUCGACAUGAAGCAGGAGAUGGAGCAGAGGCUUCAGGAGCUCGAGGACCAGUAUCGCAAAGAGAGAGAAGAAGCCAGCAACCUGUUGGAGCAGCAGAGGCUGGACUAUGAGAGUAAACUAGAGGCUCUUCAGAAACAAGUUGACUCCCGCUACCUGGAGUCUCCUGAGGAAGAAGAGGAGCCUGAAGAGGAAGUGCCGUGGAUGCCCCGUGAGACGGAGUUGGCUCUGUGGGCUUUCAGGAAGUGGCGUUUCUACCAGUUCACCUCUCUCAGGGAUCUGCUGUGGGGCAACGCCAUCUUCCUCAAAGAGGCCAAUGCUAUCAGCGUGGAGCUGAAGAAAAAGGUGCAGUUCCAGUUCGUCCUGUUGACAGACACUCUCUACUCUCCUCUGCCGCCCGACCUACUGCCCGCCAGCGUGGCCAAAGAGAGAGAGAAGCGACCUUUCCCCCGAACCAUCGUCGCCGUUGAAGUCCAAGAUCAGAAGAACGGAGCGACACAUUACUGGACUCUGGAGAAACUCAGGCAGAGGCUGGACCUGAUGAGGGAGAUGUACGACCGAGCGGCAGAGCUCCCCAGCAGCGCUGUGGAGGACUGUGACCAGGCUCUGACCGGAGGAGACCCCUUCUACGACCGCUUCCCCUGGUUCCGUCUGGUGGGCAGGGCUUUUGUGUAUCUGAGCAACCUGCUGUACCCCGUGCCCCUCGUGCACCGCGUGGCCAUCGUCAGUGAGAAAGGAGAAGUGAAAGGCUUCCUCAGAGUGGCUGUGCAGGCAAUCUCAGCUGAUGAGGAGGCCCCUGAUUACGGCUCUGGUGUGAGGCAGUCAGGCACUGCUAAGAUCUCCUUUGAAGAUAAACAGUUUGAGAAGUUCCAGACCGAGUCGUGUCCCGGUGUUCUCUCUCACUCCAACACCUCGCAGGAGGAGCUGCGCUUUGUGGAGGGAGAAGGAGCGAGCGCAGACAUAGGGAUCUCUGCAGAUGAAGUCAACAACAACACUGAAAUCAUAGAGACUCCCAGCAGCCCGGAGAAGAGUGCAGGUCUGGGUCUGGAUCUCGCUCUCGACCUCUCCCCAGAGAAAGUUCUGUCCCACCUGAAGAUCGGCAGCACCUUCACCUUCAGAGUCACCGUCCUGCAGGCCUCCAGCAUCUCGGCCGAGUACGCCGACAUCUUCUGCCAAUUCAACUUCAUCCACCGCCACGAUGAAGCUUUCUCCACCGAGCCGCUGAAGAACACGGGCAGAGGACCUCCGCUGGGCUUCUACCAUGUUCAAAAUAUCACAGUGGAGGUGACCAAGUCCUUUGUGGAGUACAUCAAGACUCAGCCCAUCGUCUUCGAGGUGUUCGGUCACUAUCAGAAACAGCCCUUCCCUCCGCUCUGCAAAGACCUCAUCAGUCCUCUGAGACCGUCCAGGAGGCAGUUCCCCAGGGUGAUGCCCUUAUCCAAACCAGUGCCGGCCACAAAGCUCAGCACUCUGAUGCGCUCCACCGCCGGACCUUGUCACGCCAAAUACGACCUGAUGUCAUUCUUUGAGAUAUGUGAGCUGGAAGCUAACGGAGACUACAUCCCAGCUGUUGUUGACCACAGGAGUGGGAUGCCCUGCCACGGCACUUACCUUUUACAUCAGGGCAUCCAGAGGAGGAUCACAGUCACCAUCGCUCAUGAGACAGGAAAUGACAUUGAGUGGAAAGAGGUGAAGGAGCUGGUUAUUGGUCGUAUUCGAAACACACCCGAGGCAGAUGAAACCAUCAUAGACCCCAACAUCCUGUCCCUCAACAUCCUGUCUUCUGGAUAUUUCUGGCCCAAACACAGUGACAACGUCUCCUUGGGAGUUGAUCAUAGAACUUUCUACCGAUUUGAGGCGGCAUGGGACAGCUCCAUGCACAACUCUCUGCUCCUGAACAGAGUCACUCCCUACGGGGAGAAAAUCUACAUCACCCUCUCUGCUUAUCUAGAGAUGGAGAACUGCACUCAGCCGACAGUGAUCACCAAAGAUUUCUGUAUGGUGUUUUAUUCCCGUGACGCCAAGCUGCCAGCCUCUCGCUCCAUCAGAAACCUCUUCAGCACCGGCUGCCUCAGGCCCUCUGAGAGUAACCGUGUCACUGGAGUGUAUGAAGUCACCCUCUGCCAUGUGGCGGACAAUGGAAGUCCAGGGAUGCAGCGUCGUCGCAGGCGUGUGCUGGACACCUCGGUGGCGUACGUCAGAGGAGAGGAGAACCUGGCAGGGUGGAGGCCUCGCAGCGACAGCCUCAUCCUGGACCACCAGUGGGAGCUGGAGAAACUCAGCUUACUGCAGGAGGUGGAGAAGACCAGGCACUACCUGCUGCUGAGGGAGAAGCUGGAGGCGACCCUGCUGGCCGGGCAGGAUGCGCUCUUCAAGAACAGUGACAUCUGUGAUUUUGCUAAAAGUCCCGUCUACAGCCACAGCCCCGGCAGCAGCCCGGCCCUCGACAGUCCCAACCAGAGGCAGAGGGAGCUGGCUGCCAAGUGUCUGCGUCUGCUGAUGCACACCUUCAACAGGGAGUACAGCAAGGUGAGCAGCAGUGCCAGUGAGAGCAAGCUUUCUGAGAUGUCUGCGUCGCUGAUGAGAGACUCCUGCUCGUCUGGACUGAGCACGCUCACUCCGUCCUCCACCUGCCCCUCACUGGUCGAGGGGAAUUACGACAUUAGACACACUGAUCCCAGUUCAGGAGCUUCCACUCCAGAUCUGGACCCGUACAGCCCAGUGGACCGGAAGAAAACUCUCCGAGGAUGCAGCUUCGUUCCGGACAUACAGGAGAUCCGUGUCAGCCCUAUUGUGUCAAAGAAAGGCUACCUGCACUUCCUGGAGCCCCACACCAGCGGCUGGGUGAAGCGCUUCGUGGUGGUGCGCCGGCCCUACGUCUACCUGUAUCGCAGCGAGAGGGACAGCGUGGAGAGAGCUGUCAUCAACCUGUCGUCUGCCAAGGUGGAAUACAGCGAAGACAAACAGACCUUACUGCGGACUCCCAACACGUUUGCUGUGUGCACUGAGCAUCGUGGGAUUCUGCUGCAGGCCACCAACGACAAAGAGAUGCACGACUGGCUGUACGCCUUCAACCCUCUGUUAGCCGGCACCAUCAGGUCCAAGCUCUCCCGGAGAAAGUCGGUGCAGUCGGCCCCCGCUGCUCUGAGGAUGUGAGAGGUGAACCGGCCCGGUGGAAAACAACAAAAAAACAAAACAAUCCAAAAGCUCCACUCAGCAUCCUGCUCUAAUGAACAUAGACCAUAUAAACAAACUUAUACAUAAAACCACUUAAACCCUUCUAUAUGAUGACCGUCCCUAUCCCAAACAUCACCUGAUUGCUCAUCCUGAAACCCCACAAAACUUUCCUUCCUGUCUUUUUUGCAGUCCCCUCCUCAAAACCCUGCAUGAUGUGCUCCCACCUGACCUUUAGAAGAAACAUAAGACAAACUAAUUACCCAAACUCAUAAAUAAACUUACCUCUGCUGGGCAUUGGGACUAGUUUUGAUUAGCUUUUGGUGUAAAUAAUCCAGUAUCUGUGAAUCCCUGUAGAGAGUUAGUCAGUGGUCAGUCCCUCCUUCACUUAUUAUAACAAAAAAUAAGUCCCAAUUUGAAAUCCGCCAUUCGUGUAUUUGUAAUUAAUGGCAUCAGGCGAGUGGGAAGUUGCAAACCGGAUGUUUCUCUUUGUAGAAGUGUGUUAAGUGCAGGGAUGAUCGCUCCGCAUAUAUCCGUCGUAUACUGUACAUUACCUCAGUUUGGGUUUGCUUGGUGUUCUCCAGCAUAGAGUAUUUGUUUCACUGCAGAGGUUUCAGAUAGUCAUUGUAACACUGAAGUAGCAUGUGGGAUUUGUUAGGACAAAAGGGUACGUUGUUGUUCAUGUGAUGUUGUUUUUUUAACUGAUUCCAUGAAAACUGAGUUCUUUGGCUAAAAUAAGGCAAAAAUAAUCCAAUAUCAGGAGAGAUAACUCAUGUCCUUGCCUUGUUCUUGUUAUGUGCUUCUUAUUUUUUUAAAUAAUAAUCCCUUGUGCACAUAGAACCAGAAAGCAUAAUGAUAUUUAUUGUCGCUAUUGUACGUUUCUGCACUGUUAUUUAUUUGUGACAUGACCACUUACCAGUUUUGUUGCAUGGCACUUUACUGUCUUUGUUGAGUUAAUGUAUCAUUUACUCAUUUGUUUAACCAAAGCAUUAUUUUCUUGUUUUAGAGUUUCAAAUCAUUGUCCACUGUGCUGCUGAGCAGAUAUUUAAAACAUAAGAGAAAUAGUUUUACAUUUUUGGAAAUGCACUUAUUUGCUUUCUUGCUGUGAGUCAGGUGAGCAGAUUGAUAAUGUAAUUAUGAAGUGACAGCAAACAGAAGGUUAGCUUAGCUUAGCUUAGCAUGAAGACUGGAACCAGAGGUACACAGCUAGCAUGUCCAAAAGAAGCAACUCUAAAAUCACUUAUAGCACAUUAUAUCUCAUUUAAUAAGUGUACAAAGUUGAGAUUUAACAAGGCGGUUUGUGCCAGAAUAUUUCUUGACAAUUUUCGAGAUGAAGGAACACACAAAUGAGAUUUAAUGCAUAAAUGAGUGAGCUUUAAAGGCGCUGGUAGCAACAAUGUUUUGCCGUUUUUUAAGUGUACGCUAUGCUAACUUUUCUAUCUAGUCACAAACCCAAGUAGGCUAUAGCAUCCUCGCAAGUACGCAAAUCUCACACUCCAAGUAGCAACAAAGCACAUGAGCAUAUUUCCAAAAUCGUUGAGCAACUUUUUUAAACGUAUCAAUAAUAUCUAAAUUAACCUAAGAUGAUAAAUGCACCAGGGCCACAACUGUUUAACUUGAAUCAAAUAAGCACUUAUUCAGUCUGUUAUGGGCCAGCAGAGCUAAUACGUUUACUAUUCACGGCUCCUCUAGCUAAAUGAAAGGUUGUAAUUGACGAUGGACCUGGGAUCUGUUGAAGGCGGUUGCUUUGAGUGGGCAGGAGCGUUGUCCAUGCACCAGAUAGUGCCUCCCUUUCUUCACCUCUUUUACUUCUCUCCCCCUCCCUCAUCGUCUUUCACAUCAACGCGGAAGUUAAUAACAUGUGUCCAACAUUUGGCUUUUAUGUAAAGUAAAUGUAGAGGCUGUGAGUCUUAAUUUUGUCCCACAUCUUUGACCUAUGUCAUUGUUUUGGAGAGUGAAUAUUAUCAAUGAUGCUAUAUAGUAUGUUGGUAUAGCCUGUAGUGCAGUUUGUAUCUCAUUAUCAUUGACUGUAAAUGUUGCAUUUAAAAGCAUUCCCCCCCCCCCCUCAGCUUUUGUACUGUCGCUGCUAGAUAUUUGACAGCUUGAUGCUUGUGUCUGAAGUAUGAUUAGCUUGGUGUCGUUUUGACUCUUAUGUUCAGGGAAUUGUUUGUAGUCGCUUUCACCGACUGUCUGUUAUUUUUGCAUUAUACCAAAAUGACCCUUAAUGUUGAUUUUAGAUAAAUAUUAUCAGAGGAAAGAUAAAGGUAACUGAAAAUACCUAAGGUGGACAUUAUUUGAAUUUCGAUAGCAUUAUUUACAUCAUUAUCUACACCUUAAUUCACCUCGUUCUUUUGCAAAUCUCUGAUAAAGACAUGGUCAGUCAACCAUUUUGUCUUUCCCAUUUUCCUCUCGUUUGUGGUUCUGAUAUUUCUUUUGGUUUAACCCGACAUAUAAUCAGAUAACAGAAAGUGUUGAGGACUCUGUACGCCACAGGCCAACCAACCUGUUGAGCAAUGCAGGCUUAUACUUGUGAUAAAUGGAAAGUUUUACUUCAAAUUGACCUUUAGAUUUGUUGGUUCUUGUCGCUGCUUUGAUUUUGAAAAUGAUGUUCUGUCUGUUUGCAAAGAACAAAUAGGAUAGCAUAAUUGAUUUCUGGGUCAUUUUGGUAUAAUCAACUUUGUUUUGUAAAAUGUUUAAAGAUAUAUAUAUAUACGGUAUGUUGUCUGCUGGAACAGAAGACAAAGGAAAAGGUUUAUUUAUAAAGCUUAGAAGGAUGGAUUAUGUUCUAUAUUUUGCACUCAUGCACAAGGCAUCUUUAUUCAAUAUGAUUUCAUAUCAUGAUGUUAGGAAUGUAUGGAAAAUACUGGUUUGUUUAAAAACAAUAACCUAUAGCGACCCUGUCCUGGAGGGAGAAGAUUAGAAUUAGAUCUGUGCCAUUUUUGCUUCAGCAAUCAAACCACGAACAACACUGCACCAAAAUGCAUUGAUUAUUUUAAGGUUUUAAUAUACAGCUGGUGUAUGACUUGCAAUGCUUCCAGACGCAAUAGUUCAAGGAUAUCAUGUUUAAAAGAAAACACUUUGUGAGACAGCUUUAGUGUACUGGCCAAUAAACGUUGAGAGGUUAAUGAGUUGAUUAAUUUAUAUUUGGCUGCUUUUUAACUGUCACAGCUCUGGAUCAAAGCAUGCAGGUCCACUUCUCUUCUGCUGUUCUCUGUCCCUCUCUCCUGCCUUACCGCCUGCUAAUGACAACAGCUUCCCCCCCUGAAGUGCUGCUUGUAAAGUAUUGUCAUCCAUGAUCCUUGUAUGACUAACUGGAAACCUUCCUCCUGGCUCCGUCUUGUAUAUAAAUGGAGAUGUUUCUGUGUUGGGUCUCGUCACACAGAUGAUAUUAACUCUCUCUUCCUCUGUGUACCAUGAUGAAUUAGAAUAACUGGCCUGCUGCUUGGUCAAGCGUCACCCCAGAGCUAAGAGUGCUGAGCGGGGAUCAGUUUUGCACAUUUCAGCUCAGUGUGGGUGAGGUGGCGAUCGUGGACAGAGUAGAUGGUCCCUGGUUUUCCACUCUUGCUCUGAGCAGCUUGACCGAAGUAGAAUCGGGUCUCAGCCUGUGAUCGAGUUUUAAUCUCAGUGCUCACGUUUAGCUUUUGAGUGUUCUGGAGUUAUUUCUCAUGUCUGUGGACACGUAACAAAAGUUGUCAAGAAAAAUAAAAUUAAAAUAAAUGAGUGUUGAAACUUAUGCAACA